GCUAGAUCUAGAAUAAUUUGCAAUUCAGCCUAAACACAUUCAAUACACUUCAUCUUGACAGACCAACAUAUUUCACUACCUACUCUUUCCAUCGGGUACUCCAUCAUGGCAUCCCUUUACGAGCUGACCAUCCCCGUCCUAACUCGGGUCCUCCGAACCGAGGAGACUCUUCUCAAGAAAGCCGAGGAGUACUCCAAAAGCACCGGCACGCCCGUACAAGAACUAGUCGCUGCUCGCCUGGCCCCGGAUAUGUUCUCGCUUUCGAAGCAGGUCGGGGUCACGGUGUUGUUUGCGAGGAUCGCAUCCCACUUGUUGGCAGGCAGGGAAUUGGUGCCUACGCAGGUAGACGAAUGGUCGCUCGAGGAAAACUAUAGCAUCAUCGCCGACGUGCUCAAGUUGCUGGCGGAUAUCAAGCCCGAGGAUGUCGACGGGAAGGAAUCUGAAAUCAUCUCGUUUAACGUGGGCCCGCGGAAAACUAGCGCAAAGGCUGUAGAUUGAUGUAACCAAGUUUCUAGUGCCGACGGUCUACUUCCAUUUAAC